GCACGCCUAUAUUACAGGUGUCAACACAACGGCAUGUACUGACCAGACUGGUUUGGACAACUUCAUUUACGUUGGGAACUGAAAACUACCCUAGAUUCUGCAAAUUAAAUCGAAAAAAUAAAGUAAAACGGAUGUGUACGAGCGGAACAUUGCGACAAUCAUCUGUUGUGAUAGACACUUGGAACACGGGAGGUUUGGAUAUAUACAGCUGCACAUGUACAGUUACACUUACCGGAUCAGCGUCACCUACAGAUACAACAACAGUAGUAGUGCAGGAAUAUCCGAGGAUAGCACCAUUGAAGAACUGUGGAAGUAUACUUAGGAUUUCUUCUACCAAAUCAAGUCUGUUUAAUGAAAAUGGUUGUGCCCCUGUCUCUAAUUAUCCAACAAAUAAUUUCGGGACAUCAGACACAUUGACACUGACGCAAUCAAGGGAAGACGUCAGUACAGCGUGGACAUCAGGACAUUGUCUAUACAUCACUUCACAAGGGUCUGCCUACUUUGGUCUUAUUGUGACUUGUAAUGAAGCACAAGGGAAAACUAAUCAAUCAACGACGACGACCAUCACUACAACCACCCCUACAAACGCUGAGUACGUACCAACCACAACUGUUCAACCAUUCACUACAACCACAGCCACUUAUNACAAAGGAGACAACCGCUAACUCAAGGGAGACAACAACCACCACUAACAUCAAUUCUGGAUCGACCACAUUAGGACGAGAGAAAUGUGUUCAAGAAUGUCAUCCUCAACAGGGAUACCCAUUAAGUAUGUAUAUAAAUGUAGCGCUGUCAAAUAAACUUAUUUAUUUGGAGUUCUAAUUUUCUUUUGCAGAAUAAGAUGUUUAGCUUUGACAAACUUUGUCUCCCCAGAUAUAUCUCUUUCACUCAAUGACAGAAUGGAUUGAAGGUCAGAGUAACAAAACGAAAUUGUGAAAAUCUAUUGAGUUAUCUGUUGCGUAGUCAACGAAAAGUAGUUACACAACAAUUGAACAUUUAGGUAUGAAAU